GGCUUGCACGUGUCGUUAGGGCUAAAGACGCCGCCUGGAGCCGGGCCUCGGCGGCGUCCGGGGCGUAGCUGUCACCUCCUCGGGGCUCGGAGAGUGUAGUCGCGGCUGCAACAUGCCUCACAGGAAGAAAAAGCCCUUUAUAGAAAAGAAGAAAGCUGUGUCUUUCCACCUGGUCCAUCGGAGCCAACGAGAUCCUUUAGCAGCAGAUGAGACUGCACCCCAGAGGGUUCUGUUGCCUACACAGAAAAUAAAUGAUGAAGAGAGACGCGCAGAACAGAGGAAGUAUGGAGUAUUCUUUGAUGACAACUAUGACUACCUGCAGCACCUGAAGGAACCAUCUGGGCCCUCGGAGCUUAUUCCCACAAGUACCGUCAGUGUACCCAACAGGAGAAGUGAAAAUGAAGAAACGUCAAUAAUUUCAACCACUGGAAUUAAGUUGCCUUCAUCAGUGUUUGCAUCAGAGUUUGAGGAAGAUGUCGGAUUGUUAAAUAAAGCGGCUCCUGUUUCAGGGCCUCGGCUGGAUUUUGAUCCUGACAUUGUCGCAGCUCUUGAUGAUGAUUUUGACUUUGAUGAUCCAGCUAAUCUACUUGAAGAUGAUUUUAUUCUUCAGGCCAAUAAGCCAACAGAAGAAGAGGGAAUGGAUGUAUGGAAAGCUGAGGCUGAAGAUGGCAGUGAGUGGGAAGAUACGGACGAUGAGGUCGGAGGCAGUGGUGACAAUGACUAUGGCUCUGCAGGCUCGUUCUCAGAUGAGGGAGUGUCUGCCCCUGGGAAGCCUCCGGGGUCCCUAGAACACCACUUGUUCUGGGAAGAGGAGACAAAAAGUCGCUUUACUGAGUAUUCUAUGACAUCCUCAGUCAUGAGGAGAAAUGAACAGCUGACCCUACAUGAUGAAAGGUUUGAGAAGUUUUAUGAACAAUAUGAUGAUGAUGAAAUUGGAGCUCUGGAUAAUGCUGAAUUGGAAGGUUCCAUUCAAAUAGACAGCAGUCGCUUAGAGGAAGUUGUGAAUGACUACUAUAAAGAGAAAGCAGAGAAUUGUGUAAAACUGAGUACUCUUGAAUCCUGCGAGGAUCAGGACCAGCCCGUGAAUGAACUUGAUGGGUCUGAGGAGGAAGAGGUGGUUACUGUAGUUCUUGAAGACGUCAGAGAAAAGUGGGAUUGCGAAUCCAUUUGCAGUAAGUGUUUUAGUGUCCAUUUUACUGCUGUGAAGUACAUCAGCAUUUUGAAAAAGUAUGUAUGUUGUGGAAAUAAUUGGGGAAAAGAAAUAUUUCUAAGUUAUAAACAAUAUAAAAACAUUUGUAAGAGAGACUCCAGUAUUCAUUUGAACUGUGAAAGCACUAAACCUGGAAAUAUAGUAGGAACUCGGCAAUGUUUUGCUGAACUGGAAGUAUACUUAGUAAUACAUGACUUUUUUUUUUUAGGUACAUAUUCAAAUUUGUAUAACCAUCCACAGCUUAUCAAGUAUGAACCAAAGCCCAAACAAAUCCGAAUAUCUGCUAAGACAGGAAUACCUCUCCAUGUCUUGCCUCAGAAAGGCUUCACCGCAAAGCAAGUUGAACGAAUGCAGAUGAUCAAUGAUGGUGAUCUGCCCAAGGUGUCAACCCAGCCACGCUCUAAAAAUGAAAGCAAAGAAGAUAAACGAGCAAGAAAGCAAGCUGUAAAGGAAGAGCGCAAGGAACGGAGAGUAGAGAAGAAAGCUAACAAAUUAGCCUUCAAACUGGAGAAAAGAAGGCAGGAAAAGGAGCUGCUGAACCUGAAGAGGAAUGUCGAGGGUCUGAAGCUGUGACGGUGGGACAUUUGGGUGAGGUGCACUCCCCUUGGGGUUGCUCGUUGCAUUCAUGGGUGAACAAGCAUCUUCAGCGAGACCAGACUGAUCUGCCAUUUUUCCUGGCUGGUGUUGAAAAGAAAACAGCACACUAUUUGUAUUUAUACCAUACCAGCAAGUUUGUAAAUACUGUAAUGUUUUUAAAUUUAAUAUGAUAAGCUUAGGUUUGUUCUGAAAUAAAUGAUUUCAUGAAUGUGAAAUGUUUGGAUAAAUUAAAUAAAAAUGUCUUCAUAAUUUAAA